AGUCCAACGAUAACGGAACGAACGACCACAAAAUCACAAUACCACAGAAUAACAAUAAUACUACAUUACUAUUUUUUUUUUUAUACAAUACUGAACACGAAUUAAAAUUUUCGUGCUGGUGACACCUCCACAAUUUAGAAUUAUUGUUUUCUAGAUUUAUUUUUGCUGAUUAUGUAUUGUGAGAAAAAAUCAAUUAAAUACAAUAAUUUAAUUGGUUUUCUUUGAUAUUUUACUGUUACCGAAACACCAUACUAAUAGUUUACUGGUUCAAUUGCCCUGUAGUUCCUUCGAAUUAUGUCUGACGAACAGGACUCGAUCGAAAUUGAAAAUCCUAGUAAAAGUGCCACUAUCCUCUGUGUUCAGUACCUUAUAUCACACCACAUGAAAACGAAAGGUGUCAUUAAAAAAGAUGAUCUGAUGAAAACUGUCUUCAAGGGUCGCAAUCUUGGAAAAAAUUAUGAAAGAGUUAUGGAAGAAGUGGAUAACACAUUAAAAAAUACUUUUGGAUUUUCAAUAUCAUACAUUAAAAAUGAUCACAAACAGUUCUUCAUUGUGAAUAAUAUGGAUGAAAUUGAAACUAAAGAAUUUAGUUCUGAAAAUUCAAAAUAUCAAGUUUUAUUGAAACCAAUAAUCGGGGCUUUAGUUAUGCUUCGUGCACCAAUCAGUGAAGGUCAAAUGUGGAAUAUACUAGAGAAAUUUACAUCGAAAUUUAAUUUGGACAUGGACUUAACUAAACAAAUUGUUAAAGGACAAUUUGUAAAAGAUCAAUACCUUCAAUACAAAAUUACUGAUGACACAACCAUAUCACUUGAUCCAGAAAAAACAAGUUAUUGGUUUACUUUAGGACCUAGAGCAUUAGAAGAAUGUGAUCAACUAACAUUAUUAAAUCGAGUUGGUGAGUUGUACAAUAAGCCUGCCUCUUCAUUCAAGCGUGUAUAUACUGCGAUAAUUGAGAAGUAAUCUUUAUUACAUUGUCCCAGGAGUAUACAAUGUACUCAACCUAUUUAUAAUAUACAAACAAUUUUUUUAAAGUUUGCUUAAUAUACAUUUUCUCAAGUGUAAAAUAUGACUAUUACAGUAACUAUUAAUAUAGGUACUUUAAUUUGUAAUUAGUAUUUUCAAUUUGUAUACAUUUAUAACUUUUAUAAUAAUAUUACAUUUCUGACUGAUGCAAGUUAAAAAUGAAAAAUGUUAUUAUUUAUUUUGAAUCCUGUAUCUCAAUCAUCAAUAAAACAUAAUUCAUCUAAAGCAA